AGGUUUUGUGCCGAAGAGCUUCACAUCUUCCCGGAAAACAAGGCAGCGUGCUCCUGAGGAUAUGAUUACCCAACACCCGGAAGAUUUUAUGGAUGAUGAGGACUUCGGGGAGUUUGGUAUCGCCCCACGUCGCAUCAAAUUGUCGUCUACGUUCGACGACUCUCAUCUGCGUGAUACACUCAAGGCAGCAAUCGGGGGCCAAUCGGUCAUUCCUGGAGCAGGGUCAAUUAUCAAGAAUUUAAUUGUACCGUCAAAAGGUCCUCUGGCUCAACGUCUACUUCGGAAAAUGGGAUGGAGGGAAUCUCAGCUCGAGUUGGCGGACGAUGCAGUCGAGCAUGAACCUUCACCUUUGACUUCUACGUUCGACGCGCCCGAGUUAACUGUUCCAGUCGUUUACUACACAAAAAUUGACUUCGAAGGUAAAAACAAUACAUUUGGCUUGGGUUACUCCGGACUGGAUCCUAACAUUGCGAUGGGUCGCCGCCAAUUCGCAUCCGACAAAAGUUUCCGUCAUCCAGAAGAAUCCUCUUCCGCAUUGGUAGAACGUCAGUCCAGUCUUCAGAGAGGAUUCGUUCCCCUAGAGGGACCAGCACGCGCAGGUAUUCGAGGUCAGGCGUUUGGCGUUGGCGUUCUGGAAUUAGAUGACCCUGAUGUAUAUGAUACUGAUCGUUUGGCCGAUUACGAUUGGGAGAUUGGAGGUAACGCUACGGACGAAGAAGCUUCGGAUGACGAGGAGUCGGAAUUGGAAGCGGCACGCCUCGGGCGCUGGUCCGGUUCUGACAAACAGAAGGGUAAAUCAGUUGGGCAUAAAACCCUCGAUGGUUGGACCGCUCCCUCUCGGCGCACAGCUUCUCAUCCGUCUGCUGAUGCAUCGAAACGGUCAACAUUCCCCGGGUUCGUUGUUGGCUCGGUUUUGACUGGUGCUGAUAGAUACGCAGGGGACUCAGAGCCGGUACGUAUCCCCCCAGGCUAUAUACCGGUGUUUAACCCAAAGUGUGUUCGCGACCCCAACUCUUCCGAAGACCCUUCAGUCGAGUUGUCUGCACAGCUCCCGGCACGCAAACCCUUUGACAGGAAAUCCGAUGUAUUAUUCCGCUCCCAAACCCUCGAACAAGCUAUGGACGGUAGGUGA